GAGGAUCAGGGAAGGCUCUCCGUACGGUCACCUCCCCCACUGGAGGCUGCUGUCUGUCAUCGUUAAAUGUGGAGAUGACCUGAGACAGGAGCUGCUGGCCUAUCAGGUGCUGCAGCAGCUCAAGUCUAUCUGGGAGCAGGAGCGGGUCCCUCUCUGGAUCAAGCCCUACGGGAUCCUGGUGCUGUCGUCAGACAGCGGCAUGAUCGAGCCCGUGGUCAACGCCGUGUCCCUGCACCAGGUGAAGAAGCAGAGCCAGCUGUCCCUGCUGGACUACUUCCUGCAGGAGCACGGGGCCCCCACCACCGAGGCCUUCCUCUCCGCCCAGAGACACUUCGUACAGAGCUGCGCCGGAUACAGCGUCAUCUGCUACCUGCUGCAGGUCAAAGACAGGCACAACGGGAACAUCCUAUUGGACGCUGAGGGUCACAUCAUCCACAUUGACUUUGGCUUCAUCCUGUCCAGCUCGCCCAAAAACCUCGGCUAAACCUCCGCCUUCAAACUCACCUCCGAGUUCGUGGACGUGAUGGGUGGUCCUGAUGGAGACAUGUUUAACUACUACAAGAUGUUGAUGCUUCAGGGUCUCAUAGCAGCCAGGAAACACAUGGACCGAGUCCUGCAGAUAGUGGAGAUCAUGCAGCAAGGUGACACACAGACACACACACACAUCUUUGCUUUUAAAAUCCAUACAUCAAAGAUUUAG